CGGCUGACAUUCAAGACGGACAGAAGAGGGGCUCGGCGCCCCCCGCGCGCACAUGUGCUAACCCAGGCAGGAGGGAGCAUCUCAGCGGAGGAGUCAAGGAAGACGGAGAGGGACAGAACCGCGCCAGAACCUCGGACCCCGGCUCUCUGGUCCGCCGCGGAGGAGCUGCAGCCUCCAACAGGAAGUGCAUCUCUGACAUGGUCUCUGCUCUACUCAGUGCCUGAAGGCUCUUGCAUCCCAACUCAGCCAGGAAGCAAAGGUCGGCACAUAUCACCAAGCCGGGCCAGCCAGGUGCGCUGCAUGCAAAUUCAGUCGUGCACUAGGGCGCACUAACCAGAGCCGGCAGCAUGGACUUCGUCAUGAAGCAAGCCCUCGGAGGGGCCACCAAGGACAUGGGGAAGAUGCUAGGGGGAGAAGAGGAGAAGGACCCGGACGCGCAGAAGAAGGAGGAGGAGCGGCAGGAGGCGCUGCGACAGCAGGAGGAGGAGCGCAAGGCGAAGCACGCGCGCAUGGAGGCGGAGCGCGAAAAGGUCCGGCAGCAGAUCCGAGACAAGUACGGGCUGAAGAAGAAGGAGGAGAAGGAGGCAGAGGAGAAGGCAGCCCUCGAACAGCCCUGCGAGGGGAGCCUGACCAGGCCCAAGAAGGCUAUCCCUGCAGGCUGCGGGGACGAGGAGGAGGAGGAAGAGGAGAGCAUCCUGGACACGGUGCUCAAAUACCUGCCCGGGCCACUGCAGGACAUGUUCAAGAAGUAACUGGCCUUCCUGCCCAUCCCCACUCCACUUGUUACGAUUUUUUUUGUUCUUUCUUUUCUUUUUAUUCAGUUAAGUCUUCAGUUCUGAAGGGGAAAACCUCAGUUGGCCUCUGCCCCCUUUCCCUGGCCAGGGGCUCCUCCCCUCAGCACUCCUUACACCUUCUUUCAUCCCAGAGUAUCC